AUGGCCGUCGACUGUAUUCAGAUGGCGUCGCGCCAUCACCCCCACCACCCCUACAACUACAGUCGACACUCCAGUUUCAGCAGCAACAACCCUUACCGCUUUAGCUCCCCCGCGCCCUCCGCGCUCUCGUCCAGUCGCCGCUCCAUCGCCGAGUCCAUCCCCUCCCUCUACAUCCCGAGAUGGACCGGGUCGACCGAGCACUACCCACCGGAGCCGCGCCGCAGAGACAGCACCAGCUCGCUGCCCCGCCGUCGCAGCACGCACCGCACCUACUCGCGACACUCGCAGCUCGUCAACCCAGACAUCAUCGACGAGCUAGACGACGUCAUGGCCUACUCCUACCACCAUGAGGGACCCUAUGACGCUGUAUGUCCCGAGCGCAACCGCAUCAGUCAGCACAGUCCGCUUGAGGCGGUGCGCGAGUCGAACGAAGAGGCACUCCGCGCGACCCCGCGGGAUAAAAUCAUUGAUUCCCUGCAUAGCCACCGACCACUGGAUGGUACGGCAUUUUUCCCUCCUGGAACCACCGAUAUCAACGGGCAGACCUAUCAGUACGAAGAGGGCUCGAACAUGAUGAACGACUUUGGCAACUUUAUGCGCCUUCCCGGGAUGGUGAGUACUAAUCUUGUCUUGUGCGGUGUGCGGCGAUCUAACAUCGCAAAGAAAUUCACCGACGAGGACUUCAAGAAUGAUCCCUUCUACAACCGCCCAAUCUCCAACCCGUUUACUUCUCUGCGGAAGAAACUCAGUCUGAAGCGCAAUUUUAAGAAGCGUCGCAGCACCGCUUAA